AUGUCUUCUGUAUUAGUAUUGGGUUCAACUGGUGCCAUUGGCUUUGAUAUCGCUGCAGCCUUUUUAAAUAAAGGAUUCAAAGUUUAUGGAUUAACUAGAGACCAAGAGAAAGCAAAAUUUUUACAAAAGAAUGAAAUUAUUCCAAUUGUUGGAAAUGCAGGUGAUGUAAAUGUCUGGUCUCCAAUUGCCGAAAAAGUUGAUGUUGUCAUUGAAGCCGUAGGUGAUUUCACUAAUCCAGCUACUUCCGAUUCCAUUUUCGCCAAGUUGAAGGAAAUUUCUGCCAAAAGAAAAGAAUUAACUGUAAUUUACACUUCUGGUGGUAUGGUCUAUGGUGAACACGAUCAGGAAUUGGUAUUCGAAAAUUCCAAGAAGGUAGUUGUUAAUGGUCUCAUUAGUGGUAGAGUAGAUAUUGAAAACCAAUAUCUUUCCAUUGGCGCUAUCGUUGUCCAACCAUCAUUUGUCUUUGGUAGAAAGGGUUCUGCUUCAGGUGUCUACUUUGACAUUGCUACCAAACACACUGGUGAUGUAACAAUCUUUGGAAAAGCUACUCAAUACCGUUCAUUCGUCCACUCCUACGAUUUGGCUCAACUCUAUUUAUUGAUUGCUCUUAGAGGUCAAUCAUUGAGAGGUGAAGUCUUCAUUGCCAACUCUCACUACAUCCGUACCGAAGAACUUAUUAGAGAUGUAGCUAGAGUUGCCAAUAUCCCAAUCAAAUCUGUAAACUACGUCUCCCCACCAGACGACAACCCAAUGGCUCAGAUUCUAGCCGUCUCAUUGAAACUCUCAUCCAAGAAAGCACAAACCAUUCUCGGAUGGAAUCCAACUCAACCAUCUUUAAGUGAUGAUAUUGAGAGAUACUACCAAGCUUGGAAACUUUCAAAAGAACAACAAUAA